AUGGCUCAAAACGGUCCCCAUGACCACCAGGCCGCCGCCGCCUCCGACGAGCGCAUCUUCACGCCGCCGACGACCAUGACCUUCCUGGGUCCAGCUGAGAACCGCAACGGUGGAUCCAGGAUUGGCAGCCCGGUGGGCAUGGAUGCCAGCAAGGGGAAGGACGUCGUCCUCCCGAAUGCCGUCCAAGGUGGAGAGCAUGGCUCGGCCGGCGGCGGCGAGGCCAACGCCGACAAAUCCAAAGGUAAGCACCCAGCAGUGGGGGAUGCUGCCACCGCCGCCGCUGGAGAUGGCUUCCCAAAGGGUAAGGGCUCCUUGGCUGCUGACGACGGCGGCGACACCAAGGCGCACAUCAUCACGGAGCGAGAGCGCCGGAAGCGGAUGAAGGAUCUGUUCAGCAAUCUGCACGCGCUCAUGCCCCAUGUCCCCGAGAAGGUCGACAAGGCGACCUUGGUGGGAGAGACGAUCCACUUCAUCAGGGCCCUGGAGCAGACGAAGGCCCAGCUGGAGAGGCGGAAGCAGGAACAGGCGCUCGCGCGGCAAGCCGCCGCCGAGGCCGUGGUGUCCGCUUUGCUAUCGGCCCCGCAGACCGCGCAAGGGAUGGCGGCCAUGUCGAAUGGCUGGGGCCCAGCUGUGCCACACCACCAACAGCCGCUUGCCGCGGCCGCGGCACCGCCGUCUCUCGCCACGGCCACGGGACCGGCCGGGUUCCAGACGUGGUCGGCGCCGAACGUCGUGCUGAGCGUGUCGAACGAGAAGGCCAUCAUCAACGUGUGCCUGCCGCGGCAACCCCGCAUGCUAACGCUGGUGAUGUCCGUGCUGAGCAAGCACGCGAUCGACGUGAUCACGGCCCACGUCGCGGCCGACGGCCCCCGGAGCUUGAUCACCAUCUAUACCCGUGUGAACGUAGCUGGUGGCGAGAGCCCGUCGGCGGAGGACAUAUACAAGCUAGCCGUGUCGGAGAUCAUGGUCUGGCUCACCAGCUAG